UGGAGAGUAUAUUACGACUUGCACUGAAUUAUGUCGGAUGAAAUGUGCCUGUUCUCACCCGGUUAAACUUGUGCUAGUGUAGCAUUGGAGUGUAAAACGUUGCUAAAAUAAAUAUAUGUGAAAUAUUUAUGCGUAAAAAAGGGUUUGUAAUACGUUUAAUUGCGAUAAUAUAAUUAAUAAGUAACAAUUUUCAGUUUUGAAAAUGAUAACUGUUUUGCUUGUUUUCACUUCGGUGUACCUGGCUGUUAGGGUAGCCAUGGUAGAACUUAUCCAGAACCUUCAGAAUAUCUAUACCAGAUGGGAGAAACGAGCCAAGCCCAAGAUAAAAAACCUUGUAGAGACUGCAGAAAGAAAUUAUACAGCCCAUUCACAGACUGUAGGAAAUAGUUUUAACAGAGAAAAAAAACACCUGAAACACAUAGGCAUGCUGCCUGUUUGUAGGACUAACGACAAUGUUCAUUCUCAAUUAAAGUAUCCUGUUCUUGACUCUCCGAAGUAUUAUGGCGUGGGCCAGUUCGAAACCAACUCUUCCAAUAUGCCAGAAAAGUUGCUGCUACAUCCCUUUGUGAGACCCUGCUGUCCAAAAUGUGUUCCUAUAAGUAAGAUGAAGUUUAUCGACAACCCAGCAGUGACAUUAGGCAUUACCAACAUACUUUGUGUGCCAACACAGAAUAGGGAAAGUGGCCUUUUAACUAGAACAUUUCAUCAUGCAGCUUUCAUUCUGCAGAGAAAACCUAUCUUUGAGUAUGUAGAUGUUAGUAAAAAAGUUAUCCGUAGUGAGAGGGUGCACAGUGCAAUCGAGGAAACAGCUACUGAAGAACUUUCAGAACUUGGUCUCGAUGAUGUUCAUCUGAUGUCUUUACGAAAAAGGCACAGAAGAAGAGCAGUAGAAAUUUUGAAUCGUAUGAGGUCUUGUGUUUCAUCUCUAUUGCUCAGAAUAUCAGGCUGGGUUAUGUACAAAAUCCUGGGACGAAUUUUGAAUGGUAUUUUUGUAAAUAAAGGACAAUUAGAAGCACUUAGGAACGUUAAUGAGAAUAAAGUACCUCUGAUAUAUCUUCCACUACAUCGGAGUCAUCUGGACUACAUACUUGUCACCUUCAUUCUCUACAUGAAUGACUUGAGAGCUCCUCUGGUUGCUGCUGGUGACAACCUUCUUAUUACAUUUUUUGGGAUGCUAAUGAGAGGACUUGGGGCCUUCUUUAUUAAGAGGAAACUAGACCCUCAAAAGGGAAAGAAGGACAAAGUCUAUCGUGCUGUUCUUCAGUCGUAUAUGUCAGAAAGUAUGCGAGAAGGUCACAGUCUAGAAUUCUUUGUUGAAGGAGGGAGGACUAGAACUGGAAAAGCCUGUUUGCCCAAAGGUGGUCUGUUGUCUGUAGUUGUGAAUUCUGUCGUUGAAGGUAUUGUAGAAGAUGCUUAUGUCGUGCCUGUUGCAAUAAGCUAUGAGAAGAUAGUGGAUGGAAACUUUGUGUUAGAACAAUUGGGUAAGCCCAAGGUGAUGGAAAAUUUCAAGCAUGCUGUCAGAGCAGUGUGGCGAGUUCUGCAUUCUAAUUUUGGUUCUGUUCGUGUUGACUUUUGUCAGCCCUUCUCUCUCAGAGAAUUCCUUGACUCAUCAAAGCUAUUCCACAUGAGUGUCCCUCCUCAAUCUCUGAUAUCUGUGCCUCGUCCACUUCGUUCCACCCCAACAAGUGGUUCUCUGUAUGGAACAGACAUUGUAGUAGAAGAUUCUCGCCAUGUUAUAAAAGCUUUAUCUGAACAUAUAGUAUAUGAUGCGGCUCAUACCACAGCUUUGAUGAGUACAAAUGUAAUGGCUUUCCUUUACCUUACAAAACAUCGGAAGGGUGCAACAUUCCAAAACUUGUGUCAGAGCUUAACUUGGUUACGAACUGAAAUUAUUAACCGGAAGCGAGAUGUUGGUUUCACUGGUGAUUAUUAUCAUGUCAUCAGCCAUGCUUCUAGUCUUCUGACCAAGGAUCUUGUAUCCACAGAAACAAUUGAGAUGGCAUGGUCAUCAGAAAAGGAGAACAGUAACGUAAAGAUUGUUUUCUACAAACCUGUAAUUCGACUUCCGCAUGUCCUAGAACUUCAGUACUAUGCUAACGCUGUUGUGUCUGUGUUUUUACUAGAUAGUGUUGUUGCAAAUGCCUUGUUUGCCAUCUUGGACAAAAAUCUCGAUUCCUGGUGCGGUUGUGAUAGCAAGUUGUUUCUGUCUAGACAGCAACUUGUCAACAAAGCUUUAAUGCUCUGUGAUGUUUUACAGUAUGAAUUUAUAUUCACUCCUCCCUGUGGCAGCCUCAUCACUGCAAUAAAUGAGACUAUUGAUCAGCUAGUGACCAGUAAGCUAUUGUGUCAAACAAAUAGUGUGACCGUGGGAGACAGUAUGGAGAGAUCCUGGAUGAAUAGAGUUGCCUCUUGUGUGGAUUGGAGCGAGAGUUCGGAUAGUGACGAUGAGCAAGUUGUAGUGCAGGACCAGCAGUUGCAGGUAGGUAUAAAUUAUUCAGCAAAUUUUAUAUUCUUGUCUUUAUUAUUUUGUACAUGACAUACUUAUUGCAAU